CUCAGGAUAAUAUUUCUUCAGAUUAUUUAUUUAUUAAUUAAUUAAAUACUUGCUUCGAUUCACUGAGCUCAUUGUAAAUUAACUCAUUGCAGUUCAUUCAGCAGCCGAUCAAUGAUGAACUUUAUCUCGUAAAAUUUGUUAAUAGAAAAAAAGUGGAUGUGUAUUCAUUGCUUAUAACUUCCGUGUACUAUUAAUCGUUGAGUAUUUGAAACUAUUGAUCUAGCCAUGGUGUUCAAAAUAUUUUCACUUCUAGUCAUUAUUAAUUUAUUCACAAAAAUCGAAUCGACGAAACCGAAAAUUGAAUUUCUUGCUGUGGUUUUCCGUCACGGCGAUAGAGCGCCUGAUAAUGGACGAGAACAAUAUCCCAACGAUCCAUACAAAGACUAUGAAUACUUCCCGGAAGGCCAUGGAGGAUUAACUAAUCUCGGAAAAAAAAGAGAGUACGAUCUGGGCAGUCAUCUUCGCAGUCUCUACAAUGACUUCUUGGGAGAAAAUUACAAUCCAAAAAAAUUGGCAGCACGUAGUACUGAGUACGACAGAGCAAAAAUGUCCUUACAGUUGGUGUUGAGCUCUUUGUAUCCGCCAAAAGGCACUCAGGUUUGGAAUAAAUAUCUAAACUGGCAGCCGAUUCCUUACACCUAUGAGCCCGGUGACAAUGACAUUCUUAUGAUACCUGAAGAAUGUCCUCAGUUUUUGGAAGAAUUGAAGCGAAUUAAAGAACUACCAGAAGUUAAAAAGGAAGUGAAUAAAAUGCGGCCUUUUAUGCAAAAGCUUUCGUUACUGUCGGGUAAAAUUAUAAGUACAACAACAGACUUUUAUGACAUGUAUCAUAAUUUAAUGGCCGAGUAUAUUAUGGGACUCGAAUUACCCAAAUGGACUCAGGGAAUUUUUCCUCGCGGCCCGUUGUGGGACGGAAUUAUUCUCGAUUACAACAUAACUCAUUACAAUGAGAAGCUCAGACGACUGAACGGCGGAAUGUUCAUUAGACAUUUCACAGACAUGAUGUCUAAAAUAGUAAACAACGCAACUGAUAAAGGACCAAAGAUUAAUUUAUUUAGUGGACAUGAAACAAAUGUAGCAUCUCUUUUAAAUACUCUCGGUAUAUUUGAACCGCACGUGCCCUCGUACAGUAGCGGUGUAAUCGUGGAAUUACUUCGCAACGAGACUGACUACUACGUGGGAUUGCGGCAUUACCUGGGGAUCCCGUCCAAGUCGAUAGAGAAACAACUUCCAGGAUGCAGUAUUCCGUGUCCGUUCAAAGAGUUCAUGAGAUUAAUGAGCAAUUUGAUACCAUCGGACGAAGAAAUGAUUUGUCCGAAAGGCGAAUCGCUCUAUCGGGUGGCGACCAUCAACACUGAGGGUCUAGAAUAAUUUUAAUUAGAUCUUAAAUAAUUAUAAUGUUCUGAUAUAAUUGUGUAUAUUAUUAUUACAUAAUUAUAUAUAGAUAAUUAAUUAAAUAAAAAAUAUUUUGCUAUAAAAACCACUUAGGAAAAUACCGUCCCGGACCCUGUAAAA